AUGGCACGCCAGCCCCCCGCCCCCGAGCCCACGCUCGAGCAGCUGGACCAGGAAAUCACGCUGCAGCUGCAGAAGAUCGAUGCCAACCUCAGCGCGUGCUUCAGCAAGAUCACCAAGGACAUCAUCCCUGCGGUUGCGCGGUACGGCGCCGUGUGCGACGACGCGCUGAGCGCCUGCAGCUGGCUGCGCGAGCUGUUCCAGAAGAGCUCGGACAUCCAGCUCGCGACGGAGCCGGCCGCGCCCGCGCCUGCGGCCGAGUCGCUGUUCCCACAGGCGCCGGCGCCGCGCGCGCCCGAGGUCACGACCGAGGGUCACGUGCUCGCGGUGCCCGUGUCCAGCGAUGACGAGCCCGACGACGGCAGCACGCUGCAGCGCCAGCACAAACGGCGCAAGCUCUCGCUGCAGCUGCAGCAGCGCUACGGCUCGUCGUCGUCGUCGUCGUUUGUCUCGCGCUCGCCCACGCUGCGCACGCGCCCGGCCUCGUCUCCGCUGCGCGCGCCGGACGACCCAGACCCCCCCGCGGUCCUGCGCUUCGCCGCGCGGUAG